GUCAGUCAUCAUGGUUUCUUAUUCGUCAUGGGGGCUGAGCAUUCUUCAGUUCGAGAAGUACGCCCGCACGCGCAGGUCGCGCCCGUCCAGCUCCGUGCCCUCGAGCGCCUGGACGGCGGCGGCGGCGGCCUCGGAGUAGCGGUACUCGACGACGGCCGAGCCCGAGGGCCGCUGGUUCUUGCCGCGCGUGAGGAGCUCGACGGACGCGACCUCGCCCACGGAGGAGCAGUGCGCGCGGAGCUCGGCCUCCGUCGCGUCGAAGCUCAGGUUCAUGACGAAGAUCUUGGUCGGGUCCACGACCUUGUCCGCGUCGUUGCGCUGGGUCUUCGCCGGCGCGGCCGCCUUGGUCACGCGCCCCUUGUCCGCGCGGACGCGGAUCUCGCGGCCGUCGAAGUCGAGGCCGUCGCACUGCUCGAUGGCGUACUUGACCUCGGCGGCGCUGGCGAACUCCACGAGGCCCCAGCCCUGCGAGCGGCCCGCGCGCGACAUCUGCACCUCGGCCUUGACGACCUCGCCGUAGCCGCUGAACAGCUCGCGCAGCGUGUCGCCCGUCGUCUCCCAAGAGAGAUUACCGACGUGGCACACGCACUGGUUGCCGGCCACGCGCUUCCCGCCGCCGCCGCCCUUGCCCGAGUCGAGGCCCAGGGCCUGCACGGCCUCGUCGAGCGCGUUGCGCAGCUGCACGAUGGACCCGCCCGGAAUGAGGAUGGAGUUCGUCUGCGAGUCGCCGCGCUCCUUGAUCUUGAGGUACUUGCCAAUGUUGUUCUCUUUGACGUCCACGAAAAUCUGCUUGCGGCCCGCCGGGAAGCUCGCCGUGAAGAUUUCUUCGUCGUCCAUGGUCGGCCUGUGGGGAGCGACUUUUCUUGCACUGUCGCGUGGGUCGCGACCGCGCGAGGCGUCCUCGCCUCUCCAAAUGGAUGCUCUCUCUGGCUGCUCUUUCUGCUCUCUGCUGCGAGGCGACCGGUAGAAAAACGGCGCGCUCGUACUUAAGGCUGCCGGACGCUGGUUCUCGCCUUGUUUCGGUUGACACGCGCGGCACGGGCAGCCCUUGGUGGGAACAGGAUCCAG